AAUGUUAAGUGCCUGGGCACCUGUUUAGAUAGAGUCUCUCCUGCCACCUGCUGUAAGUGCCGCACGAGGGCCCGAGGCCUGACAGUAGAUGCGGCCUGGCGACGUGCGGCAGCUUGGCGGCUCAUCUCUUAAAGCGUUUUCCCCUAUGUGCUUGCUAAAAGUUUCUUUUCACGUGAAAAUUAAUCUUCUUCUUGGAAAAAUAGUUCCUAAAGCCCUGGAGACUUUAAACAAUUAUUUUUUCACUCGGACACUUGAUUUCAAAUUUACCUGAUUCAGUGAUUAAAAAUAGAAGUUUAAUUACGACUUUAUAUAUUACACGACCCACUGAUAAACCCUAUCAUAAAAAAAAUUGAAAAAUGGAAAUUUUUAAUUAAAAGGAAUAAGAAACAUAAAGGAAUAAGAAAGGAAUAAGAAAAGAAAUAAAUAAAAAAACAAAAAUAAUAAAGGAAUAAGAAACACAAGGAUGAUCGUCAAUAGCAAAAUAUUUUUGUGAAGAAAAGAUUUUAAUAAAUAGCAUAAAUGUCAUCAUUCAGAUUCAGAAUUGAAAGAAAUACUUUGUGAGUGAUCAUGUGUAAAGUGCAGUGUGUGAAGUGAAUAAGAAAAGAAUUAUUGCAUCAUGGAUAUACUGUAUUGUGCAAUGCUGGUUACGUUUAGAAGAUCCAAGAAGACUGAUUUAAAUCCUUGGGAUCAGUUUUAUUGCAAUUUACAAUGAAUCUUGGCUCCACGAGGUAUCCUGAGAAAAGUUGUUAUGAGCUUCCUGGGCUUAAAUUAGAAAAUACCAUUUUUUGGCAACCAAGAAACGAGGAUGCUGGAAAGAGUGGAUUCCAGGAGCAUAGGAUAAAAUGAAUAGAAGGGAGGAUCCGCUGUUACGGCAGCAUCGCAACAGAUUAUUGCAGCUAGCCGAGGUCACCAAUAUCAAGCCUGGUCGUGGAACCGGGAAAAGACGUGGUCAAAAGGCCCAGCAGAGUUUUGGACCCAGUAAUGGAGGUCCUAGCACAGGAAGUCGGAUCACCCUUCAAGACAUCGUAAGAAACGAUCCAGGAUACACGCCAAACAUAGAACACCUCGUAUUUCCUGAACGCAAAAGUAGCAAUCCAAAUUUAACCUCAGAAAACUCUCCUCAAAGUAAGUCCAAGGGGAAUGGAAAUACUGGAAGGUCUAAACUAGCUGAGGUGUUUGCUAGAACUUACUCCCGAGGAUCAUCUCAGGAUUCGUCUGUUACCAAUCGAAAAAAUCACUUAAAUAGUACGUCGCUGGAUAGUGGAGGCGGAUUCGGUAAUACCUAUGGACCAGGAACAGGUUCGGUGUCAGUUUCCAGAGUUACUCCCAGACGUUGGCUGUCGCAGACCUCGCAGUCUCAAACCUCGAGACAGCACUCAACUGAUGAUGGGGUCCGUGGGGGCCAUGUGGGUGUUGGAGGGCCAGUUUCGACCUCUUCCUCGAAUCACGUCCCCGUCUUGGCCCCUCGAAGAGUCAGUCCAGCCGCAGAUUCAGCGGAGAUCGCCAAUCCGGGAACGGCGACGCGAUCAGACAGCAAUGUCGGAACGACGUCCUGGCGGCGGGGACAAGAAUCGCAGCGAUCCACGCCCAGCCCACGUCGACAUGUAGACUUGGAUGUGGCCGUGCCCCACACUGCACCUGUUUCUCCUCAACACGAACCGCACGUGAAUGCCUACGGCAAAGACCGCAGACGGGCCUUUGGUAAAACCCAACGACGUGUAAAAGCCUCCAGUACCCCGUCCCUUCUUGACCGGGACGAUGACGGUCGACCUUGGUCCGGGAACGAGGACGACGAGGAGGAGGUGGUUCCUGGAGGUCACUUGACAACGGAGCAUCCCCUGGUUGAGGCAUCAAUUCCUUUGGUAUCGCACUCUCAUAUUCAGGAAACGACUAGUGUGGCGCCUACGGUCGUUAUUAACGCCGCCGGAAGUCAGUCUCAUCGCGUUAAUGCGCCAAAUCAACCGGAAAGUGUCUUGCAGAAAUUCCGGAAAAGCUUCUCGCUCAGAUUUCACAAAAAAGGAAGUAAAGAUAGCAACGAGGGUGAAUGUCCACCAGAGUGUAAUGAGGGUUCUGUGAACCCAGAUGAGGAUGACGACCAACACUUGGCACCAGCCUCUGAUCAACCAUCUCUGCACAAAGAGGAGUCAGGAAAUGAUCAAAGGUUUAGGUUUGGACCCCUCGUUUGGCGAAGCAGUAAGGAAAGGAAAAAAGGAAGCAAAGCAGCGAGGAAUGCAAAGUGUAACAGCGGUGACAGUGGAAUUCAAAUUGAGAUGGUAUCUGGUGGUGCAUUGACUGGGGGCAGUGUUGGGGGAAUAAUGGGAGGCGGUGACAGCUCUGAGUCUCAUGACACCGAUGUCCCUGAUGAAACGGACAGCCCUCCAGCCGCACGAAGGCGAGUCGCCGAUAAAUCACGACCCCAGUCGGAGCUCAUUAACCAGAUACUAAUUGACAAAUUUAAGGCGGAUCUGCAAAGCAGAACAACAAGACAUCAUAAUGUGAGAAGGACUAAUAGUGAUUUAGGAGGACAGAGGCUUCUUCAGUGGGAUACAAGAUCCGGAUAUAGUCAUGUUCACAAUUAUAGAAGAAUGCUCUCAACUCCAUCGCCGAUAAAAACGAGACCGCCUAGGCUGAGCCCAAGACACUCCUCGCAUGACAUUGUGACCCUGAGAAGUAACGCGAAAGGGAGGUGUUCUCGGACAAAUUUGAGACGAUCUCUCAGCCAACCAUUGGGUAUCAAUCAACUUUCUCCGUUGAUGCGCACCAAAACUGCAGGUGUGAGAUUACCCGGUGGUAACGUCUUAUCCGAAGACGAGCAGGACGGAAGAGGUGGUACUUCCGACGACGAGAUGAUGUCUGAUUCGGAAUCGUCCAUCACCUCUUUGACGGAUAGAAAAAAGUCCUUUGAGCAGACGAUGGACGAGGAGUUGGUUAUCCUGGCUGAGGCAGUUUGGGACCACAUAGCCAUCGAACCCGAGGAACUUGCUUUUCGAGCUGGUGAUGUGAUUGAUGUCCUCGAUACGAUGGACAAAGACUGGUGGUGGGGAAGCUGUAGAGGAGAACAUGGAUGGUUUCCUGCUGCUUUCGUUCGGUUGCGAGUUAGUCAAGAAGACACAGUGGAAGAUUGCCUAGCUGCGAUGGCUUCUGGGGCAUCUUCUAGCUCCCAGUUAAGAAGGCGUACAAGUAUUUCGUUGCUCUCGAAUGAGCAAGUGAGAACCAGUGUUGUUCGAGAACUCGUUCAGACCGAACGAGAUUUUGUCAAAGUUCUCAAGGACGUUGUGGAAGGCUACAUCUCCGAGUGUCGAAGACGAACUGAUAUGUUCACUGAAGAUCAGAUUGAUACGAUUUUUAUCAAUCUGGAGGAACUACUGGACUUCCAGUCGGAAUUCUUGAAGGAUCUCGAAGCUUGCAUUGAUUGGAAUUCUCCCCACAAGAGCUGCGUUGGAGAAUGUUUUCUUAAUCACAGAGCCGGUUUCCGAAUGUAUUCCGAAUACUGCAACAGUCAUCCGAUGGCGACGGCAACAUUGCAGGAGCUUUAUCAGCAUGAUCAUUAUGGUCAGUUUUUUGAAGCCUGUCGUCUGAUGCGAGGCCUGAUAGAAAUACCGCUAGACGGCUAUUUGCUAACUCCAGUUCAAAGGAUAUGCAAAUACCCUUUACAACUGGCCGAGCUGCUGAAGUACACAAAAUCCGAUCAUCCUGAUUGUCUGAAAAUCCAGGAAGCGUUGGAAGCGAUGCGAGGAGUUGCUGUCCUUAUCAAUGAGAGGAAAAGGCGAAUGGAGAGUCUUGAGAAACUUGCAGCUUGGCAGCUUAGAGUUGAAGGAUGGGAGGGUGAAGAUCUGAUAGAAGUUUCUUCGCAACUGAUUUACCAAGGAGAAGCGAUGAGAGUGACGACAGGAAUGUGGACCAGUAAUAUAAUCCUCUUUCUCUUUGAUCAUCAACUCGUGUAUUGCAAGAAGGACAUUCUGAAGCGGAACACGUAUGUCUACAAGGGUCGUAUUUACCUCGACACUAGUGAUGUUAUCGACGUACCUGACGGAAAAGAUCACCAACUGGGAGUCACAGUGAGGCAUUGUCUGAAGAUUUAUAGUUGCGUAAGAGAUAAAUGGCUUCUCUUUUGUUGCCGAACUGCAGAUGAGAAGCGUCGUUGGCUGGGAGCAAUGGCGGAAGAAAGAAGACUUGUAGCGCAGGAUAGAAAUGAUGGAUUAGAAUUUCCACCUGCAGCCAGACAAUUAGCGAAACUUGCUGCUAGCAGACAACGCUGCAGACCCCCAACUAAGCCUCGUAGUAAAACCUACAAACGAGAAUCCGCUUACGAAAUGCCGAUUCUGCAAGUGGGCACAACAAAUUCUCUGGGUCGAAAAGUCGGAACGUGGUUCACUUUCGGAAGCAGUAAAAAAAGUACUCGUCCCCAGCCAUCCUGAGCCAGGCCUACCUUCGUCCCGUACAUCGACCUUUAAAACGUCGCAUUUUCAGUUGCAAUCGUAACUUCGAUCUGAAAUCAGAUCUACGAUUUCCGUGGAAUGCGCUUUUAGCAAAAUUAGGUAUGGCACGAAGGUUAUUCUUUCACCAAAGCAAAAUUGAUAUGGAUCUGUAUAUAAUCUCACCUAGUUUAUAAACAACUGGAGUCAUAAGCAGUUCGAAAACUGCUUGAUAAAAAGGGAAAUUGGGUAAAAUCUGGAACUUAUAGAAAAUCUUUGAAUAUUUUUUCAACUGAUGCUGUUAUUUCAUACUGUUAUUACACUUUUCCUUCGAAAAAUUGAAAGAAAAGCAAACUGAUCUCCACCUCAAAUUUCAAAUCACGCACAAGUAUCCAUUUUCGUAAAAUGUAAGUGUUACACCACUCCGAAUUUCAAAAGAAACAGGAGCUGUUAUCGUGAAUGAACGAUUUAAAAGGGACCUUGAUGGGAAAAGUUGAAAAUACCCAAUUUUCCCGUAACUGAGUUCUCUUUUCUGAAAUCUCGAAAAAUUAUCUCGAGAAGUGUUUGACGAAAUGAGGGUACAUAAGAAAGAGAAAAGUAAUCUUACAAGAGGAGACACCGUCAAUUGUAAAUUUUAGCAGUAAUAUACGCUUUUUCCUCCAUUUUUGAGAAAAUCAACUUUGAAAUAUUCACCACACGAAAUAGAGUUUUCGCCGCCUGCACUUUCUUUUUAUUUAUUAAAGUCUUUAUAAACAUAAUUUUCUUUAAUAUUCUUAAAAAAAUAUACAAAUAAUAAAUUUAUUAAAAGUGAAAUAAAUGAUAUUGGCCAACGUUUUCAUAAAAAAAAAAUACAAAAUAAAAUGUAGCCGAUUCCUGCACUUUCCUUUUAUUUAUUAAAGCGUUUAUAAACAUAGUUUCCUUCAAUAUUCUUAAAAAAUUAUACAAAUAAUGGACUUAGUAAGA